AUGGCAUCCCAAAUUAUCUAUCUAUCUAUCUAUCUAUCUAUCUAUCUAUCUAUCUAUCUAUCUAUCUCCGUCUGUUCAUCUAUCAAUCUCCGUCUGUUCAUCUAUCUAUCUAUCUAUCUAUCUAUCUAUCUAUCUAUCUAUCUAUCUAUCUCCGUCUGUUCAUCUAUCAAUCUCCGUCUGUUCAUCUAUCAAUCUCCGUCUGUUCAUCUAUCUAUCUAUCUAUCUCUGUUCAUCUGUCUAUCUCCGUCUGUUUCAUCUAUCUAUCUAUCUAUCUAUCUAUCUAUCUAUCUAUCUAUCUCUGUUCAUCUGUCUAUCUCCGUCUGUUCAUCUAUCUAUCUAUCUAUCUAUCUAUCUAUCUAUCUAUCUAUCUAUCUCCGUCUCUUUAUCGAUCUAUCUAACCAGCUAGCUAUAAAAUCUAGCUGUUUCCCCAAAACGCAGGGAGCGAAUGUAUUUCAGGUAUUUGCCGCUACCAUCUAUGAACAAAUAGUCCAUCAAGGAAAUAGUCAACCAACAUGA